AGAAAAAAAGAAAGAAAUAAAAAAAAAGGCAAUGAAGAAAAGGGCUUCAGCUCAGGCCCGGAUUUUCUGUCUCCCGGGCGGGGGCAGGAGGACCGCUAGGUGGCGCGCCCGGACAAGCGGCACGGCUCGGAGCGCACAGGCGCAGCUCGGCACAGCCCGGAUCGGAUCCGAGAGGCUCGGCUCUGCACGGCUCCGCUCGGGGCGGGCCCGAGGCCACCUGCGCGUCGCGCUGCUCCGGCUGCGGAGCCCCCCGAGCCCGUCCCUACGCGUACCUGGCAGCGCCGAGCCCCGGGCAAGGGGCAGCGGCCACAUCCACGCCGCGCCGGUGUCCCCGCUCAGCCGCCGCCGAGCACCCGCCGCUACUGAGCACGGGGCGGGGGGAGCCGCCGGGUCUUCCCAGAAUCAUCACAGGGGUUGGAAGGGACUUCAAGAGACCAUCGAGUCCACCCCCCCGCUAAAGCAGGUACCCUACAGGAUGCCGUACAGAUGUUGAGCACUAUGCCGAUGCUCCCAUGGAACCACUUUCAAAACUCCAGCACUCUCCGAGGAAGCACUCACCAGAAGACCUGCAUUUUUAUUUGUGAAUUAAGGACCAUUUUUUCCCAUGUGCAUCACUUCACAUUUGUCUACAUGAAACUUUAUCCACCAUUCCAUUGCUUGGUCAUUCCCUUUCACGAACCUUCCUGCAGUUCUUCGCUUUGUCUUUAUUAACCCAUAUAAUUUGGUAGCCUCACCAGACUUUGUGGCUCAAUCACUCAUCCCUUUUCCAGAUCAUUUAUGAGCAUGCAGAAUAGUGCAGGGUACAACAGGUUGUUACUGCUAAACUGUCACCUCUACAAAAAUUAGUUGCUUAGUACUAUGUUUUAUUUCUUAUUUUUCAGAAAAUUAGGCUAGCAGAGGUUUGUUCCAUUAAGUGAACUCGGGUGUUUUGUUCCCGAUUUCACAUUUCUAUCUCAUCUCAGGUGGCACUUAUUAGAAGUUAUCAAGAUAAAUGAAAAGUCUAAAAACUGUUUGGGAAAAAGUAAAUUAUAUUAAUGAGCAUAACCUGUAUUUAUGCUUUCUAUUUUUCUUUUUCAUUUUUAACCAGGUUCUUGAAUACUGUUUCAUUACUAAUAUUUUAUUUCUUGCAGUAGUAAGGUGGAUAAUUCUUCAUGCAAAUUUAAAUAUUUUGGGGGGAAGAAAAUGUAAUUAUUGCAUUAAGAAGUACCUCAAAAUAACUAAAGACUGUAAAAAGACAUCAAGAAUAUGUAUUUCAUAGUAAUGAUUUUUUAAAAGCAUACUGUAUAAUAUACAUGGUAGGGCUGUAAAAAUAUAAUUGUUGGGAAAGUUCCAGCAUGCUAAUUUUAUCCUUCAGAAGUAAUUUUACCUCAUUAGAAGAUUAGUGAGCCCUUAUGGUAUUUUUACAUGUCCCAAAAAUAAGUUUGACAUCAUAUACCAACUGAGAGACAUUCACUUGGAACUGAGCUUUGAAAGACCGAUGCCUAAAAAAAGAGAGAGAGUGAAAAUGAAAAGCAAAUAAGUAUUAACAUCAACAAUCUACUGUUUUCUAUUGAAGUUCUUCCCCGUGGAUCUAUGGAGAAAAUAAAGCAAGUUUUUACCAUCACAUUUGAAAGCACUCACAGAACUGUAAUUUGAUGGAAGUAGAUAAUUCACAAAAUGAGUUACAAAAUGUUUCCAAAUAAGAUUCUCUUGGAUUUUUUUGCAUGUAGAAAUCUGGGAUAGGAGCCUCAACUUUCUAUGUGGGCAGCACACACAGGGUGUGGAUGCACUGGCUGCACAGACGCUCCCGGAAUGCAGUCUGGCCUUACAACACUGGACAAAUGCAUUCUGCUCCCAGGCAGGUUUUGCACACGUACAAAUAGUUUUGGAUCAUAGCAAGAAAAUGUCCACAAUCUGAGAAUUUCACUCCAUGUAGCGCAUUAUGCCUCAACAGAAAGAUAAACCUGCCCACAAAGUACUCUUUUGCGUAAGAACCGUGGGUAAAGAAAACAGAGGUGCACCUCAGGAAAACAAAAAAAAAAGUUGAUAGAUGUCAAAAAAGAAUACAAAUGCCCUUAACCCAAUUAAAAGUUCAGUGCACAGUCCCUUGCCAUAUUCAGUGAGCAGGGAGUAAUUCAGCUUUACUCUCUUUACUCUCUUCCUUUCAUUCUGUCCCCCCAGUGCUCAUGUG